AUGGACUGCACCGACCAACACUAUAGGUACUUGAUGCGCCAGAUAACGCAGCACACCGUUCUCUACACGGAGAUGGUGUCGACCGGCGCCAUCCUGUCGUCCAUCCACGCCGAACACCAACAGUCGCGCCACACCCCGCUCGCCGCCAUUCUCGCCCGCAUUCCUGCCACAGCGGCGCCGACGCACGCACACGCCCACGCGCCGCCGUCGCUGGGGCGAUUGCUGGGCUACUCCCCGUACGAGAAUCCGCUGGUCCUGCAGCUUGGCGGGAACGACCCCACCGAACUCCAGUUCUGCGCGCAGGUGGCUCAGGAGCUGGGCUACGACGAGGUCAAUCUCAACGUUGGCUGUCCCUCAAAAAACGUCAAAGAAGGUAGCUUUGGCGCGGUCCUCAUGAAGACGCCGUCGGUGGUCGCUUCGUGCGUCGAAGCGAUGAAGAAGGGCGUGCAGAUUCCCAUCACCGUGAAGCACCGGAUUGGCGUGGACGAAAUGGAUUCCUACGAACAGCUGCGCGCGUUCGUGCACACGGUGUCGCUGGCCGGCUGCGAUCGCUUCAUCAUUCAUGCCAGGAAGGCGUGGUUGAAGGGUCUGUCGCCGAAGGAGAACAGAACAAUUCCUCCCCUGAUCUACGACUACGUGUACCGAAUCAAGCAGGAGUUCCCUGCGCUCAAGGUCGAGCUCAACGGCGAGGUGAAAACGAUCGAAGAUAUCCAUUAUCAGAGGCAGCAGGUCAGUACCAUUCCCUCCACCGGCAUUUCGCCCGUCUUUAUCAUCAUCACCACCAUCACCAUCAAUAACUGGUUUGCUGAACCGUGGUCGAUACAGGGCGUGGACGGUGUGAUGAUAGGAAGGGCUGCCUACUCCAAUCCGUUCCUCUUUGCCGCCUUGGACAGGGAAUUCUUCGGUAGUACUGCAGAGGAGGUGAGCCGACGCGAUGUUGUGCUGCGCAUGAUUCCAGGAGCCAAGAAUUGGAAGAAGCACCUGUCGGAGAGACACGCGAAGACGACGACGCCGCUGCGACCCGACGUCCUCCUCGAAGCCCUGGAGCUCACCAACCACGCCGCCCUCUCCUCCCUCCCCCUCGCCUGGCAAGCCCAAUCCGCCGCCACCUCCGCCGCACAUCCCUAA